AUGGCAGCGAUGCCUGAGAUCACGGAUGAGAUGGAGCUGCUUUGGGCUCCCAUGGGAAGCUAUGUCCCUAAGCAAGGUUCCGCCAGCAUUCGCUGGCGGAGCUACGUCGGAGCGCGGACGGUGAAGGAGUUUUUUGAGCGCGGUGGCAACCGAAAAGACCUCCUCUUCGACUUAAGACGACUGUAUGCCAGGCCAGCGGACACGAUCUCCUACGAUCACGUUUUCGCCCACGUUGACGAGGCUUUCGUCAAACACUUCCAGGUCCACGGCUAUGCCGUGCUGCGGAACGCCUUGGGGGCUCAGAGGCAGCAGCAAUUCAUCGACGAGUUCUGGAAAGCCAUGCAGGCCAUCCUUCCCUCUCGGCGCCGCGGCAAGCGCGAAUCCUGGAAAGUUCCUCAUGGCUACAAAGGGAUUCAGGUGGGCUACGGCUUGUCCCAGUGUGACGCUGCUUGGACCGUCCGCCUGGCCCCGAAGGUCCAGGAAGCCUUCGCGGCCUUGUUCCAGGUCGACGCAUCGGAGCUUGUGGCUUCCAUGGAUGCCUUCAUCCUUAGCGAGAGCAUUCCCAAGAAGGCACCCGAACCCUGGCUUCACAAAGAUCAACGCACGGAGGACUGA